AUGCAAAGCGCUUCUGAUGUAAUAUCUUCUUUAUUUUGGUUUAAAGAUGAUGUCGAUACUGAUGAUGAGAAGGAACCCCUAAUAAUAGAACAGUUUGUGCAAAAUGUUGAAGAUUUCAGUUCACAGUAUGGGAGUGAGAUUAGUGUGUCGUAUACUGCCUUCAAUCUCCGAGGACCCCCUUCGAACUUUCCUGACUAUGGAGAUUAUCCUCAGGCUUUUGUCAUGAGAACCUAUGGGACAUGGUGGGAUGAAGCUCCAUCUGCUCAGGAAGAUUAUAUGCCACAAAAUAGCAGUACUAUAGGGAGUCAGGAUUUUGUAGAAGUGUCAUUUGAGAGAGCAGUUUAUCCAAUGGAAGUAUCCGUCUUUGAAACAUAUAAUCCUGGUGCUAUGAUUCGUAUCUGGGCCUGGGGUCCCUCAACUUGGAUGUUGCUCUGGGAAGGAGAACCAGAGUAUGUUGGAGACACUCCCAGAAUCUUUAGUCCUCCUAUAAGGCAAAUGAAUUUUCCUACUAGGGUAUUAAGACUGGAAUUCAACCACAGACUGCUCCCGUACUACACAGAACUAGACGCCGUGCUACUGAAAGGAAAGGAACCUGCAAACAUAGUUAGAAUGAAGAACAAUUUCUCAUACUCAUCUUUGUUUUAUAAAAAAACACAACCAGUUGUUGAAAAAGGACAACUAUUAAAUAGGAUAUUAGCAUCGAAUCUUCACGAAUCAGUGAUUCCGCCGACGAGUAAAAUUUUGAAACAAAAACAAAUCGAAGCUGGACCUCAUUUAGGAGACUUUCAACGAUUGCCGGACGAAACAAUACUCUGUGUAUUGAAAUACCUAGAUAUUCAAUCUCUCUGCCGCUGCGCACAAGUGAAUCGACACUUCAACAGACUUGCAUCCGACGCUAUAUUGUAUCGCAGUAUCGAUCUUAGACCAUACUGGCAUUGUGUGCAAUCUCAGGUUCUGGUGACGCUAUCGAUGCGAUGCAAGUUCCUGCAGAAGUUGGACCUGUCGUGGUGUGGGAGCCAUCGUAUGAUACACUCUAAUUACGUUGUAAAUUUCCUCAAAGACAGCGGGGCGGAGUUAACACAUCUGCGGAUGAAUUGUUGCAAAUUCGUCGACAACUCCGUGCUAAGAGCCGUCGUUGACACCUCCGCUUAUUUACAAGAACUUUGCCUCCGUUCUGUAGUCGGAAUAUCUGACUGGGGCUGCCUUGCAACAUUGACCAGGCUGAAGCGGCUUGACCUGUAUCGAACUGAUAUUACUACCAUGGCGACAGUCGCUGUAGUGAGGGCAAACCCCGGUUUGCAGCAUCUUAAUGUCGGUUCUUGUAAGAUGAUCUCAGCAAUGGACGACGUGGCGAUAGCUCUUGGCUCAAACUGCUCUGAUCUCGUCUCUGUGGACUUCUGGAAGUCAUACUCUCUUACUCCUAACGGCAUUCGCGCGCUAGGCAACUGCCGGAAGUUACAAGAACUUGAUGUUGGUUGGUGUCUCCAAGCGGGCGGUUCGGGCGAGUGGUUGGCGUGGCUGGCGGGCGGUGAUCUCAGGAAGCUGUUCCUCGGCGCGCUGCGCGGCGUGUGCGACCGCGACCUGCGCGCGCUGCUACCCAGGGUGCCGCGGCUGGCGCAACUCGACCUGCUGGGAGUCAGGGCUGUCACGCCCGACAUUUGUGACGCUAUUCUCGCGGAAUGCCAAGAGCUCAGGCUCUUAGAUGUCAGCUUUUGUGAUCAGAUUCAAGAAUCACAGGUGCUAGAAUGGCGUGAACAGUACCCACACGUGAGCAUAAAGCGAUCAUUCCAGUCGGCCAACCUCAACACUGCUCCAAACGCACUGUUCCUCGCUCCUAGCUUAGAAUAAAAACUUGACAAUGUUUCAUGUUCUCAUGUACAUAUAUAUUUCGACACAUUUUUGUAUAACGUACUGAACUUUGAAGUACAUGUACCGUCAAUGAAACUUUAGAAUUUUUACAGCGGCCUAAAAUAACUUAUAUACACAUGUAUGUACAAAUAGGUACAAUUAUACCUAGUGAUCGAUUUGAGACUUUGACGAUUAUUCUUUUGAAUGAUCUAAAAAUUGAUUAUAGAUUUCUACGUUAUAUUUAACUAUCCAGCUAUAAAUCUUAAUUGAUUAUUACUAAUUACGGAUGUCUUGUUUUUCUUAUCUUAUCGAUGGCA